GCCUUGCCCUUCUGUUUUCAGACAGGACAAAGACCGACUGAGCCUAACACAGACAAAGCGCUUUCUGUCCCUCGCGCGCUCUAAUAUAGCGCGAUUACGUGAUUAGUUUAAACACGACGCGUGGGAACGCCCCCUCACGUGAUGUCACUCUCAAGGCCCGCGGGGCACUCUGGGAAGAGGGAAGAAACAAGUCUUCGCCGGCACCCGGGCUUUUUGCGCAUGCGCUCGCUGGCUCCGGAAGUGAGGCCGCGUCACCAUAGCAACCGAGGCCUAUUUCGUCCUGUAGAGUCGUUUCCCCGCUCCAUAAAGACCUCUUCGGGGGUCAUUUGCAGCCUUGUGUCUCCUGGGUGGGGUCCCAACAUCCCACAAAAUGAUCAGGGCGGGAGCCCUUGUGACGUUGUGCCGAGCCAGGAGGGGGUCGGGGCCCGGGUGGGGAUGGGACGCGACCGUCCCCAGGGGUGCUGGCAGAAUGGGUCUGUGCAAGUCCACGCUGCCCCAGAUGGGCAGGCCGCUGAGGCCGCGGGAGAAGGGAAUACAGGGGUGAGCAGACAGGGAGGGUCCUCGUCCUGGUGGGAAGACACGAAUAAACAAGAAAAGUCACAACCGUGUGGCCAUGGCCGUGGAGGACACGGGGAGGCUCUGAGCAGACUCCAGACAGCAGGUGGAAAAGUGAUGGCAGAGACAUCCUCAAGUCGCCCCUGAUCAUCUUCGUGAUGGGCGGCCCGGGCUGCGGUAAGGGGACGCAGUGCAGGAACAUCGCGAGCAAGUACGGCUUCUGCCACGUUGGGCUGGGCCAGCUGCUGCGGCAGGAGGCCCAGAGGGGCACCCGGCGGGGCCGGCAGAUCCGGGACAUCAUGCUGCAGGGGCUCCUGGUGCCCACGGGCAUCAUCCUGGACAUGGUCAGCGACAACAUGCUGUCCCGUCCGGAGAGCCGAGGCUUCCUCAUUGACGGCUUCCCCCGGGAGCUGAAGCAGGCCAAGGAGUUCGAGCGCCUGGUGGGCCGAGCCCCCAAUAUGGUCAUCGUGUUCGACUGCUCCAUGGAGACCAUGGUCCGGCGGGCGCUGCGGCGGGGCCAGGCGGAGCACCGGGCGGACGACGCGGAGCCGGCCCUGCGACGGCGCCUGGAGACGCACUACAGCCUGAGCGAGCCUGUCCUGGCCUUCUACCAGCACAAGAACCUGCUCCGCAACAUCCUGGCAGAAGCAGCACCGGAAGACAUUUUCGCCAAGUGCUGCUCUGUCAUCGAGAGCCUGCAGUGACCAGGAGCAGGCUGGGCUCCCCCCGGACCCUCCAGACAGGGAGGAGUGCCUGCGAGAGGUUUAGCUCUCGCUACCUUCUAUGGCUGGCUCAACACGAGGGAUCCCGAUUUUGAAAGAAAAAAGCACGUGAGACACACAGAGUGACCGAGAGAGCGAGAGCCCG